ACCCUCCUGGGGACAUGGGGCGCAGAAAGUCAAAACGGAAGCCGCCUCCCAAGAAGAAGAUGACAGGCACCCUAGAGACCCAGUUCACCUGCCCCUUCUGCAACCACGAGAAGUCUUGUGACGUGAAAAUGGACCGUGCCCGCAACACUGGAGUCAUCUCUUGUACCGUGUGCCUAGAGGAGUUCCAGACGCCCAUCACAUAUCUCUCAGAACCAGUGGACGUAUACAGCGAUUGGAUAGACGCCUGUGAGGCGGCCAACCAAUAGCAGCACAGAGGACCCACCCCUCGUACCCACCCACUGGGUACUAAACCAGAGACAUUCCAGGGGUCCCGGGUGUGGGUCCAGGGCCGUCCCUGCCCUCUGGGUGUGGGUAUGAGUGUGUGUGGCUGGAGGCGUGUGUGAGGGUGACCAUGAGUGUGUGUGUGUGCUGGUGGAAACGGUGGAGUUGAGUGGUUGCUGGGGCUGAGGGGCCAGAACCGGCCUCACAGGCUCAGAAGCUGUUGGCUUGCUCCCUUCUCCCAGUCCCUGACCCUCCCUGGCUUCAGGGCUUUGGCUCCUCCUUCCUGACAUCCCUGGGUGCGGGGCAAAUCCAGCAGAGGCUCCUCGGCCACCUCACCAGCACCUUGCCCAUUUUAACUGGACUUUCCACCCUCCUUCCUUGCCUUCCAAUGCCCAAGGCCUGGGAUUUGAAGCCACAGUCCCACCAGGCCCCUUGGCUCCUAUCUGGCGGGGCCCGACUACCUGCGUUAACCAGGAGACCUUGUUUCACUUUUAGUUGCUUUUGUAGAAGAAGAAGGGGCUGGGCUGGAAAAGCUGUCAGUCGUGAGUGCUUAAAUAAAGUAGCUGG